CACGUGACUGCGUGCCACAUUUAGAGUUUUGCCUGCCGCCUUCUGGCCGUUCAUUUCCCACGUAUCACUUUUAUAUUCAAGCCGCGUGGACGAACCGUAUUCAAAGGUCGGGCAGUGGUGCAUUGGAAGAGAAUGUUCACCACUCCCUGAGCAUCUCGGUAUAUCCAACUAAUUGCGGCCAUGUGGGCGCGCCAUUCGCGUUCGCUGCUACGCGCCGUGUCGCCCCGCAAGGCUCGAUCCUCGCGAAGCCUUAAUGGCCAGGCUCAGAUACCACACACAACUUACUUCAACCCACCCCCCAAACCGCCUCGGAGAGUGUGGAGGUCGCUGCUACUGGGCACCACGCUUGUCGCCGCCGGUGCCUAUACCCAUGCUUGGCUCUUUGACCUACCCCUCCUUCCAGAAGACUUCCUAGGGGAAGGUCUGGGAGAGGAUGCUGCCGAGGACGAACUCAUGGAGGCCAUGAACAACCCGGUCGUCGGCAAGGAAAUGCUCUUUGCAUUGACGAAUAAAAUCGCAGCCGAGUCGGUCCUGCCCGUAGACCUGCCGACUGCGGAAGUCUUUCUGAAUGAGAUGGCCGGCUGUGCCUUCUCUCCUCGAGCAGUAGCGCAUAUCUGCCAACUGCCAUCGAAUCUGCCAUGCGAAGACAAAGUCGCAUCGAGCCUCUUCGCCGUCGGCCCAGACCCACUGGCCUCCUGGCCAACCUGGUCGAUUCUGGACGGUCAUGCCGGGCCUCGCACUGCGAAUUUCCUCGAUCGUCACCUAUCAGAUGCUGUGGCCGCCGAACUCGUGAAUCGAAAUUGCUUGGGACGGCCAUCUACCCCCAAUGAUCCCUCUGUCUUCGAGGCAAUCAAAGCCGCCUUUCUGUGGCUCGAUGAUCAGCUUAUCACCGUAGCUCAACAGCCCCCCUUCUCUGCAUGCAGCUGGACGGAGAAAAUUGCUGCACUGGCUCCGGCUCAGUCUGGAUCUUGCGCACUCAUGGCUGUGUUCGAUCCGGCAACGUCGUUGCUACGUGUUGCAAACGUCGGUGACUCCCGGGCUGUCCUCGGCCGAUGGGAUGCCCAAGCUGGAAAGUACGUAGCACUGCCUAUGUCUCAUGAUCACACGGGAUUCAAUCCGGGCGAAGUGGAACGACUGAAUCGCGAGCACCCGGGCGAGAAUCCGAUCGACCCGAAGACGGGCAGAGUCCAUGGAAUCGCAGUGAGCCGCGCGUUUGGUGACGGGCGAUGGAAGUGGUCGCAGAAGUUCACGGAAUACAUACACAGCCACUUCUGGGGAUUGUCCCCGCGACCCGAAGGCAUGAUCCAGACACCGCCGUAUCUCACCGCCGAGCCGGAAAUCAUCGAACAGCAAGUGCAGUAUGGAGAGCACUCCGACUUCUUGAUCAUGGCCAGCGAUGGGCUGUGGGAUGUCAUGUCGUCGGAGGAUGCGGUUGUUUGCGUCGAAGAAUGGCUAAAGAAGUUCAAACCGAGCGAUCCCAUGGAUCGCAUGAUCAAGAGCUGGACAUCCGUGGAGCAGUCCGGAAGGCCCGAGAUGGAAGAAGAUUUCCCCGAUUUCGCCGCUGCACAUUCCGACGACCUGGACACGUACUAUGACGAAGAUGAGAAGGUCCUGAAGUGGCGCGUGAGCCCGAAACACUUUGUGGUGGAAAAUGAGAACUGUGGGGCGCAUAUGAUCAAGAACGCCCUGGGAGGGCGUAGACGCGAACUCUUCCGCGGGCUCAUGACGCUACAGCCUCCACACAGCAGAAGCGUCCGUGAUGACAUCUCCGUGCAGGUCAUCUUCUUUGGCGACUUCGAGCGGGCCGCAAUGGAUCCACAGUAUCGGAAGGCCAUGCAAUGGGAGCCUGAUGCUCCGUCGAGUAAGAGGCCGGUGCCGCGUCUCUUACCUUGACGUGUUGACGCCGGUGGUUUCGGUAUGUCAGGCUGGAGAAGGUCGCUAGCCAUCUAAGGGCCAUCUCUCCAUCCACAUUCGGGAUGAAGCUGAUGCGUGCGAUUCGCGCUGCUUGGCUGGGCUAUUGGUCCAUCAGAAGCGUCUUUCGGCUAUCUUAUACACCGUUGGACGCACGCUUUGAUUGGAGAGCGUGGAGCAUUCUGAGAGCGCUAUUGCAUCGUACGCGAUAUUUCUAGCCCCAGCAUGCAGCUCGUGCGAUCAAG